AUGAUUCGUAUUCCAAGCAGCUGGCGCGCGGCGCAGUAUCCGUGCGCCUUUGUGGAGCUGCGCGGCGGGUGCUAUGUGUGCUGCGUGGUGCCCGUUGCUACCGCAGCGCUCUCCUACAAGGUAGAAACCGCCGUACGUGUCGGCCUUGAAGAGGCGCGGCGCUUCGCCAGUCAAGACUUCGCAUCUGCCGAGACGCACGACGUCACCAUCGCAGCGUGCUCCGACGGCGUGGUGUACUCGCCCCUUUCAACGUCAGAGACCGCAGUGAGGAACGAAGAAAACGAAGCGCAACGAAGCGCGAACGGUGAUGCGUUGGUGCUGCGCUGUCCGCUUUUUCGGUAUUUGGCAAAGGAGGUGACGGUGGAAGGGACGCGCGGCGACGUGAGGGGCACCGCCGCCCACCUCACCGCCGCCCUCAUGGGACGUUACGUCAUCGCAGGUGCGCAGUUUCGCACCGAAGAGGGCGUGUACACGGUGCGGCACGUGUCGCUUCACAAACGGUACCGCGGCAUCGCCCUCGUCAGUGGUGACUGCCGUGUACGCGUGAACGAGGUGCAGCGUCACACGCCCGGUCUCACGAGCAGCGGCCGCAUUUCUGCGAAUACAACCCAGUGCGCACCUAACUCGCCUAUUGGACUAGACGAAGAGGUCCGCCAGCUCCGGCAAUUUAUUGCAUGUGCCGACCAAAAUCCCGGCUCGUUCACAGGCGUGGUGGUGCGCGGCCCUCGCGGAUGUGGAGUCUCGUCCACCGUGCACUACGUCUUGAACACGUCCUGCGUGCGACACCAGGUGCUGACGUGGUCCGCGCAGUUCUCUGCAACCAAGGCAGCGCACGGCGGAAGGGGAGGGACGUGCGUUCUAAUGGUACCGCACGCGGAGCACGUCUUUGCGGAGGCGGAGCUGGAGUUGGCCAAGUUGCACCUCUGCAAACUGCAGAGGGACGCGGCGGGGCUGCGCGACGGCGUCGGCAACGGCCAGCGUGUUUCCGUCGUGGUGCUGUGCAUCAGCCACGCCUACGGUCUCUGUGCCAGCAACGUGCUCGACGGGCUCUUCUCCUUCCAUAUCGUCUUCUCCUUCCCCAAUGCACGUCAGCGCGCUCUCUUGUUGGCCAGCGUGCGCGGGGGCGCGGCGGAAGACUGGCAGGGUGCCGCGCAGUGCUUGGUGGGGCGGACGAGCGCAGAAACGCUGGCCGCCGCCCGGCAGCCGAGCAUUGCCGCCACGCUGCCCUUCAAGGCCGUGCCGUGGGCGCAAAUCGGUGGUCUGGCCGAGGUGAAGAGCCGCCUGCACCGUGCGUUGGUGUGGCCGCAGCAGCAGCCCGAUCUCAUGAGGCGCUUUAACAUCACGCCCCCGCGUGGCAUUCUCCUUUACGGUCCGCCCGGCUGCGCUAAGACGACCCUUAUCAAGGCCUUGUGCACCGAGGGCAACUUCUCUCUUAUCUACCUCGAUUCCGCCACGGUCGUGAGCGCCUACGUCGGGGAGAGUGAGCGGUGCCUGCGUGACGUCUUUGCACGCGCGCGGCGCCAGGCUCCCUGCAUCGUCUUCUUCGACGAGGUGGAGGUGCUGGGCGGGCGUCGUGCGGUGGGCGGACGCGACGGCGAACACGUGCGUCUGCUGUCGACCCUGUUAACGGAGAUGGACGGAUUCGCCGACACGUGCGGUGUUUGCUUUGUCGGCGCCACGAACGUGCCGCACCUGCUGGACCCAGCGCUGAUGCGUCCUGGGCGGUUUGACUACGUGUUGUACGUGCCGCUGCCUGGUCUGGCAGACCGCGUGGCCAUUCUCGAGUUGCUGCUUCGCAAAACAGCCGCCAACGCGGCGCAAAUUGCCGAGCGCACGGCGGGGUUUAGUGGAGCAGACCUGAAAGUGUUUUGCUCGGAGGCGCUUUUGGCGCUGUUCAAGGAGUCUGCGCAGGUGCCUGCAAUUCUCGCCGCAGAAGAAACCGUCACGGCGUACCUCUUGGAGAGGGCAGCCGCCUUCCAGCGCACUCACUACGACUCCACGGCGCUGGAUCAAUUUCGACGUGAGCACGCGGCUGCUUAGCGUGCUACAUUGGUUCUUGCGACCCUGCUCGUUACACUGUGCGCACAGGUGUGUUCCGACAGCGGUAGCAACAGCAGCCAUCACAGCAACU